AUGCCAUCUCAAGUUCAUCAAGAACCGGCUCGCUUCUUUCCUCUUGUGCUCGUGCUCGCCGCAUUGAAAUGGAACGUUUUCGAACAAGUACAUUUCAUGUGGGUGAUGCCAAUUGCCUUCUUUCUCGGUGUCGUUGUUCCUUUGGUUCGGUGGGGGCUUUCGCGUCCCAACAAUCGGUUGACUCACGUCCCGAUUGCCAGCAAUGCUGACUGCUCGGCCGGCGUGCCGUUGCGGGCGGCCAGGGAAAAGGUGAGUGAUUCGACACAGGUGCCUACUAGCCCUGUUGUCAUGGCUAAUCGUCAACCCUGGGUAGCUCCAGUGGUUCCAUGCAAGGCGCAAGCCUGCGAGUAUCCUGGUAUGUUGUUCUCAACACGACCAGUAGCACAAGUGCCCCGUCAUCAUGGCGACAUGUCGGCCUUGGAGGGUGAUGCUAUUAUCAACACAUCAUCAGCUGUGGAUCUUUUCAAGCCAUCCAAGCAAGUUACAAGCACACCACGGUCACCACCAAAGUUGCUUCAAGGAAUGGCUAUGCAUAAAGCCAUGCAGCACGUGUACGGCUUACCGUCACAGAAGCCUACUACUACAGCAAGAACAUCAUUAGCAUUGUCAUCAUCACCACCUGCAUCCGCAUCUUUGGCAUCAUCAUCAUCAUCAUCAUCAUCAUCUGCAUUGGCAUCCACAUCAUCUGCAUCGGCAUCAUCAUCAUCAUCAUCAUCUGCAUCAUCCGCAUCAUCAUCCUUAGACGAGCUUUGUGAAGCUCUCGAGAAGCUCGAUAUCUAUGAGCCGGACACGGAUGUGCCAGAUGCUCUUCCUGGCACUCCUGAACAAUUACGAGAGAUCGUAGAGAAUGAGGACGCAGAUGCCUCAGAGCAAGCACCAGUCAUUGAAGACAUGCAAGAUACAACCAUGGCAUCACCAUCACCAUCACCAUCGCCACCAUCAUUGCCAUUGCCAUUGCCAUUGCCACCACCACCACAAGAACCAGCGAUCAUGUAUACCCAAGUGGUGCCACCGCCAAUCACCAUCCAUCCGGAGGCCACACCGGAAGUAGUAGUAGCAGCAGUAGUCGCAGCAGCAGCAUCACCAGCACCAGCGGCAUCAGCAAUACCUGUUGCAUCCACCACAGGUAGCAGCAAUAACCGAUCACGGUUAGAGAUCCGAAGGCCAGUUAUUCGGCCUCGAAGUCGCCUUCGAUGGCAUAGACAAAGUGGGAAUCCACCACCCCCACUUCCAAGACCGCCACCAUCACCACCAAGGCCACCAAUACCAUCAUCACCGCCACCACAACCACCAACACCUCCCGCCUCCACAUCCUCGGCCAUGAAACAAGAGGAUAGAGCAAGGCCAAUUGCAUGUCCAAAAAGGCGCGUCAAAAGGCCGGAGUUGGUGUCACCACCACCACCACCAUCAUCAUCAUCAACAACAGCAUUACCAUCAUCAUCAUCAAGGAUACCAUCACCUAUACCACCGUCAAUACCAUCAUCAAUACCAUCAUCAUCAUCAUCCACAUUGCCUUCUUCGGAAGCAGAGCCUGCACCACCUUCAUCAAUUUUGGUUGAAUAUGCUGAACAAGCAGAUUCAUUCAUGGGCGGAGACGACAUCUUGGCAGAGAUCAUAGGGACCGAUUUCGAUCCCUAUGAUGUAGCAGUCUUCAAUGAAGACGUAUAG